GACAAUGGUACCGCCCUUCGAGCCGGAGGGCCUGCGCGUCGAGUUUUGCCUGCGGUACGAGACGGCCGCCGGAAAUUUCUGGGAGAGCAACAAUGGUAUGAACUAUGUGCUGUACUGUCGGAAGCGAGAUCACGGGGGCAUAGAGGAGAAGGGGACAAAGAGUGUCAAAAACAAAGAGAAGGAGACCAAGCCAAAGGGUAAACGAAGCUGCCUCAAAGCUUCAGGUAAGAAGAUCCAGCCUGAAGCUUAUGCAGCAGAGGCAACGGAGGAAAUCCCAGAUUCAGUCUCACACAAAGCAGCACACAAGGAUACCAGGAAAGCAGUGGACUACACAGACAGAUAUGCUAGUGAAGAAUGCCUUCAGAAAACUUUGGUGGAUAGUCGCAGGAGUAGGAGAAGAGCCCGCAUUGCAAAUGUUAAAGACUAUUUUGCACAGAAGGAAACGGAAGCCCAAUUAGGACACUUUGGUGGUGAGAAAAAUAGCCACCCCUCGCUAACCCCCGAGUACAAAGAGGAAACAUGGAGCAAUGCAACCGCAACCACUGAACUUUUAAGAAAUGAAUAUGCUAACACCGGAGUGGAUAAGGGUCAGGUGCUAACUUAUCAUGAAAUACCACUGCAGUCCCUUAGCUGGGACAGAAACAGUGUGCAGGAAAACAUUACAAGGAUCCCAGGCCACCAGGAUCUCUGUAAUGGAGCCAUCCUAGAACAUCAGUCAGAAACUACACAGAAUGAGUUUGACAUUUCAACCCAGGGAGUGCAUCAUAGUGUGUCAAAAAACAACACGAUAAAUGCUGUCGAGGAACUAAACAGCCACUCUCAGCCUCAGUCCUCUCUCGACCAAUCAUGUUCAGCUGUGCAGCCUGCAGGCAUCAGUGAGCUGGUCCAGGUCCAGACAGAGACAGAGGCCAGUGUCCAGGACAUAUUCCGGCCACGAGCCAGCACGCAUGUGACUGUGGCAUCCAGUAGCAGCAGCAUGGAAGAGGCGCAAGAAUCUGCUCGUCAUGUGAUAGGUGAUCCGGAGUGUGAUGCGCAAGAAGGAAAUCCUGCCCUGAGCAGAGCCGGGAGAAGGUCAGAGUUUGAGUGUGUAAGUCGAGCCGCGUCACUGGCAGAUUACGAGCUAAAGGCUUUGGAACCAGAUGACCACAAGGCCCUUCAUCGCCUGUCUAGCCCUGACCAAAGUCCUCUGACCCAAGGCAGUCAUGGACUCAAACAAGUCACAAGCCAAGCAAGGGUGAGGUCAGGUGAGGCCGAGUCAGAGGCGAUGUCCUCAGAAGAAGUAACGGCAUGGGCCACUUUGGCACCAGCAGUACAGCCAGCAACUCUGCCAACUACAGCAGGAACAGCACAGACAGCUGAACACGAAGUGCCACAGGCUCCUGCACGUGUACCACCACAGGAGUCUGCCCAGUCAUCAGCAGAAAUAACGCCAGAGGCCAUGGCAAGCAUGGAAACGAUAAGAAAGACAGCAGCCGAGUCAACAGUAAUGGCACUGGGACAGAUAGAGGGAGAAAUGACAGCAAUAGCACUGGUGAUAGAUGCUAAUAAGGCACAUGCCAUGGAACCAGCAACAACACAGGUGCCAAGCCUCUUGAAACCUCAGGAUAUGAUUGCGGGGGUCUCAUCUGGUCCCUGGGAGGGAGAGAGCAAGGGAGGGUGUGAGCUGUCAGUAAACACCAUGGCAAAGGUCGGUGGAGGAGGUGAAAGUCAAGACCACGUCAGCCCCACCACUGGUGAUGAAACCGUGACAUUUACGGACGCCGACGAGGAGGUGGUGUGUGAGCGCGCACAUCCCAUGAGGCCACGGGAGGAGGUGGAGGAGGAGGAGGAGGAGGAGGAGGAGAUGGUUAUGAAGAGCAGGGAGGGAAGAGGAGAGCAUCCUUUCAAAAUCCUGAAUGAGAGGGAAGAGUCGGGGGAGGCCAAAAGAGAUACGAUCGGAGAGGAAGAGGGGGACUCGUCACAGGAAAUGUCACGUUUCAAAGAACCUGUGUCAGUUGUAUUUGAGACUGACAGACUGGAGUGUACGGUGUCAAACGAGAGGCGGAGGAGGAGAGAUCAUGAUGUGGAGGACUGGAAGGACGAAAUGGAAAAGUGUUUGGGAGUGGGGAGAGAGCAGGGAUCCAUCAGUGAGCCUGCCCUGUACGAACAGUUCACGAAGGCCACCAGAGGCCAUCAAAGGAUAGAGCACCAGAGGAAGUCCGAUUCAGAGAUGCUCAGUGAAGCAUUCGAAAGGAUGCUGGAGGAGAGGUGUCCGACAGGAGAUGACAGCCCUGCACCUGCCCUGUACGAACAGUUCACGAAGGCCACCAGAGGCCUGGAGAUACAGCACCAGAGGAAGUCCGAUUCAGAGAUGCUCAGUGAAGCAUUCGAAAGGAUGCUGGAGGAGAGGUGUCCGACAGGAGAUGACAGCCCUGCACCUGCCGACUCAGUGUGGUCAGGGGAGGAGGAGCAAGGGAAUGCCAUGUUAGCUCAGGGUAGUGAGGAACUAUUGGAUGUAUCACCCAAUGUUUGCAUAGAGGGGGGGUCCAAUGACAGCAUGCCAGUGCAUUCUAUUAUCACACUACUAGAUGAACAGGUGACACAAGAUCCACAUGUUCCCAUUCCUACCCCGAAACAGACUCUUUGUUCAAUUCAGACCACACUAGGUGGACGAGAUCCCUUUCUGUUUCAUUCGGACGAAACCUCACCUGUUCUCCAGGUCGGGGCAGCGACCUGGUCUACAUGUGCCAUUUCCGGUCCAUUAGGUGACGGUCACGAGAUAGAGGUGGUGCUAAGGCACCGAAGGUCAGCUCAACCAGCAGAGCACCUCCAGUCACCCCUAGAGGAGACUGAGAUCCAUGCCCAGUUCCCCGGGAUCGGUGCUUCCAGCAGCAGCUCCGAUGUGGACAGUCCUGCCCCUCUCUCCCUGUGGUUAAGUGGGUUUUGCUCCUCCCUGGGUCACAUGUCCAGAGCCGCGUUGUAUGCUGUUCUGUUUGCAAUGUUCUUUUUAACUGCAUUUGUGUGUGAUCUGCCAGUGUGCCUAGCCAUCUAUUUGUUCUCCUUGUGUUGGUGGUGGUGUCAUGGAGAAAGACAACCGCUUCCUGGGUCAAAAGGUGUGGAUUAAGCCACCAGGUUUGAAGGUUUCUAGUGAAAUAUAAGAGAAGUCUACCCACCCCUAAAACCCCCAACCAACCCAACCCCACCCUCCCCAAAGAGUAUCAUUUCAUUAUAAAUUAAGAGGCAUUAUUCAUCUCAAACAUGAUCUUGAAAAUGAUCAUGUAGUAGAUUUACAUUGUUGUGUAUCAGAGGUUAGUUGAAAGGUUAGUGGGGGCAAGGUGUUAUAGAUUGAGCUUUUUGUUGAAAUGCAUUCAUUUUAUGGGCCCAAGUUUAAGUAACACAUAAGUCUGACUGUUUGUUUUUUGACUGUGCCUUCUUCAAUAAAAGUGAAAAGUGUG